CGCCCAGACACAAUGGCGUCGUUCGCAUCUGUGGCAGGAGUUCUGCUGUUGGCAUCGCAGCAACUGGUGAAGUGCGACAUGCUUACACAGAGCGACAUGGACCAGAUAGCGCACGAAAUGCGACACAUUUGCCUCGCAAAGCACAACAUAACGGAAGAAAUGGCCAACUUUCCUAGUCGGGGUAUUUUUCCAGACGACACAGAGUUCAAGUGUUACAUCGGUUGUCUUAUGGAUCUUACAAAUACGUCCAAAAAUGGGAAGUUUAGCUACGAAGCCGCCAUUCGGCAAAUAAACGUGCUUCCGUCCGAGUACAAGGAACCGUUUCGGCAUGGAGUCGAAAUCUGUCGCAACGCAGCCAACGGAAUUGACGAUAAAUGCGAGAUAGCCUAUGCGCUGCUAAAGUGUUUUUUUGCCGCGAGCCCGACAUUCUAUUUCCCGUAAGCGUACGAUGGUGUUCUGUUAGAGCCAUUGGGACAGUUU